UUUCGUUUCCACUCUUUCUGUGUUCGGGUGCUUGUUACCUCCAAAUGGCGAUUGUGCAUAAAUUGUGCCGCUGCUGAUUAAUUAUAGCUAAAAUCUGCCAAAAUACGGAAUCAUCCGGUAAAAAGUCCAGCAAAGAUAGAACGCGUUUGAAGCGGAGGGCAAAAUCUGCUGCACAAGCUCCAAACAAAAAACAAACAUGUCGGUCGCGUACUCUCAGCAGCAACAAUCUCAACAACCACCGAAUCCGGGACAACGCGGUGGCCCCGGAGGUCCCAUGAACCGUGGCCAAGGACCUCCGCCAAGCCCGAUGCACAUCCAGAAAAUCCUGGACGAGAAUGCCGGACUCAUUCAAACGAUUCAGGACUUUCAAAACAUGGGCAAGGCGCACGAGUGCAUGUCGUACCAUGUAGCGUUGCACCGGAAUCUGGUGUAUCUAGCCAAUCUGGCUGAUCCGCAGCAUAACAUUCAGGCCCUGCUGCCGCCUCCUCAUGUGCUUCAACACGGUAGUGGUCCUCCAAUGCAUGGAGUUCCUCCCAGUGGUACUGCACCAGGUCCGCUUCCCGGACAUGAGGGAGAUCCAACGCAUGGUCCCCAAGCGCAGACUCCCGGUCCGAAUCAAUCGGCUGCACCAGGAGGGGCCCCUCCUGGUGCGGCGGAUCAACCUCCGUCGUCUCAACCGGGUGCUCAGCCUCCGUCUCAACCGCCCACUAACCAGGCUCAUCCGCCACCGCCAAAUCAGCAACCGGUGGGUAAUUACCGCGGAGGUCCUCAGGCGCCUCCACCGACAUCUUCUGCUGGGCAGACUGCAUCCAAUCAGGGUCCUCCUGCUCCCGGUCAACCGGGAAGACCAGGUGUUCCACCCCAGCAAGCACCGAUGCCUCAGCAGAAUCAAGGCUAUCCCCCGCAACGAGGUCCGUAUCAGCAACAUGGACACUACCCAGGUUAUCCUCCACCAAACCAACCCUAUCAAGGUCAACCAGGAUAUCCACCGUACGGACCACCCAAUCCCGCACAAGGCUACCCUCCUAAUGCUCCGCAAUCGUAUCAUCACGGUGGAAUGCCUCCGACCACUUCAGGCUCGGGACCACCACAGGGAUCUCCAUAUCCGACCGCUGGUCCUCCACAGGGACCUCAAGGUGGACCGCAGCAAGGUAGCUACCAACAAGGACCACCGAAUGCUCCAGGAUCACAACCGCAAAUGUACGGUCCUCCCGUGGGAGGCCAAUAUCCACCACAGGCAGGAGGAGGACCUCCGAUGGCACAUGCCUAUCCCGGUUAUGGAAGUCCAAAUCCUCCAAACGCCUACGGUCAACCCCCAUCCGGAUAUCCGCCUGCCAGUGGCCAACCCAGUUAUCCUCCACCUCAACAACAGUAUCCUUCCAGCUACCCUGCUAGCCAACCUGUUCCACACGGUCCUCCCAGCGGCUCUAUCCCUACAAGCGCUCCCACAAGUCAGACCAAUCCUCCAGCAAGUGUUCCAUCUACUCAGACAAGCGGUGCUCCAACUUACACAAACCAAUCCAGCCCGGCUCCUGGUCAAACGUCAUCACCCAGCCCAAGCGCAAAUGCUCCACCAACUAGCGUCUCACACGCAUCGAUGCCACCGACGACAUCCACUGGUUACGCAGCGGCAGCACCAGGAGCUUCGGGUCCCGUUCCUCCACAAGCUUACACGUCUCCUCCGGCAGCAGCUGGGCAACAUCCGCCUCAAGGUAGCUAUCCCCAACCACAAGCUCCAGGUCAGCAGCCGCCUGGUCCUCCACAAUCCUACAGCGGCACUCCGCCAUCCACUCAGCACCAGCAGCCACCAGGCAGCUAUCCCCAGAGCGCACCAGGAGGACCCCAGGGACAAGGACCACCGCCGGGCCCAGGCCCAGUCUACCCACCCCAUGGCUACCAUCAGCAAGGCUACUCUCCGAUUCCGCCUCCCCAGGGCCAAUAUCAACAGGCGGCCCAGGGCUAUCAGUAUCAGCGCCCUCCCGGUGGCCAAAUGCCACCGCCAGGACCGCAAGGCCCUCCUCCCCAGGGAGCGUACGGGUACGGGUACGGACAACCACCACAGUAGGCACCACACAUCAGAUCAAAACUCGGUUCCGAGAAUCUCAGCACACUCAUGCCUACACAACGAACAAAACGACACACGACACGAGACGGAUGAUGAAUUUGAUUAUCUGACUUUCAAACUAUUACUGAUUUUACCAAUCGAUGAGGUUUUUAUUUUUUGUUUUUUUUUUUUUUCUAAACGUAAUUUUUUUUUUCCUACUCGACCCUGAUGACGUUGUUGUACGGAAAUUUCCAAUCUAUUCCAAUUGGUAGCACCUAUUAUAGUAGAGUUAGGGACAUCAAGUUUCACCUACUAAAUUCCUUGUAUUGAAGGUUGAUGUGUAUGUUGGAAUAAAUGGUUAAGCUUCGUGUAAGGAAAAAAUGUAUUUUGAGAAUCUAAUAAAAAGUCAGUUUUUAACUGAA